AUGGACAUAAGCUCUGCAAUUUUAAUAAUUGGUUUUGCUGCUCUUGUUGCCGCCUUCCUUCUUCUGGUAAUUGGACUUAUGUACUCGGAGCUGAUGAAUUCAGACAUUCCUCGUGGGGUUGCAAACAGUGGGAAACUGCAUAUAGUUCAUGGCUUGUUUGUUGGCAUAGCAAUUGUGGGCCGGAUUCUGGAGCGUCUGGGUAUUUGUCAUCAGGUUAGCUUUACUCGGUGGUUCAAAGCCUGCUUUCUGACCUGCUUACACCCAAUUCCCCCCGGCCUGCGUGUGAAGGAUCUGAGCUUUUCUGAUGUGCCGGUGCGAGUGUACGAACCCACAGCUGCCUCAAACGGCUUGAGAAGAGGCCUUGUGUUUUUCCAUGGAGGAGGAUGGGUGAUGGGCAGUACAGAUACUGCUGAUGAAGUCUGCAGGCACAUCGCCAAAGAAGCUCAGACCACUGUGGUUUCUGUUGGGUACCGGUUAGCCCCUGAGCACAGGUACCCUGCCCAGCUGGACGACUGCGAGGCAGCAACUUGUCACUUCCUGUCUGUGGCGGAGGCAGAGUUCAGCGUGGACUCUCGCAGAGUGGCAGUCGGGGGGGACAGCACUGGGGCAAACCUGGCAGCCGCGCUGUGCCAAAGGCUGGCAAAGAGAGAGGAUGGACAUCUGCCGUCCCCCUGUGCUCAGGUCCUCAUCUACCCGGCUCUGCAGAUGGCAGAUUUCAACCUGCCCUCAUACCAGCAAAAUCAUGCUGUGCCCAUAUUGUUCCGUGGCCGGGUGGCAUUCUACUUCCUGCAGUACCUCAACGGGGACACGUCCGUGUGCCAGGAUGUGCUGGAGGGGAACCACGUGCCCGCUGAGCUCAGGCCACGCUACCAGGAGUGGCUGUCCCCUUCCAACCUGCCCCCGGAGUGCCUAACUCGGGGCUACAGCGAGCAGCCAGAGCCACAGUACGAUGGAGAGGUGUAUCAUGUAAUCAAGUCUGGUCUGGAACCUGAGGUCUCCCCUCUGCUGGCUGACGAUGCUGUCCUCAAGAAAAGCCCGCCCACUUUCAUCCUCACCUGUGAGUAUGACGUCCUGAGAGAUGACGGCAUUCUCUACAGGAAGCGGCUGAUGGACUUGGGAGUGGACGUCGCCUGGCAACACGUGACGGACAGUUUCCACGGCGUCGUCAACUUUCUCAACCAGGGUUGGCUGACCUUUCCCGCUGCAACGCGAGUCAUGGACAGUGUUGUUGACUAUGUAAAAACUAUGAAAUGA